CCGAGUGUUGAGGGGAAAGCAGGUCUGGGCUGGGCGGCGGCCGAGGCUGGACUGGGGCGCGGCGGGGGCGGUGUCCCGGCUCCUGCGUGGGCGGCGGGUGUGAGCGUGCGCGUGUGGCCUGGUGGCUGUGAGUGCCCAUACGUGGUGAGCGUGUGGUGCGGCGCUGAGGAGGGGCGAGCGCGCGCGGGGAUGACGGCCCGGUGUGUGACUGUCCGGUGCGUGGCCGCGAAUCUGCGCCUGCGUGCACGUCCCGGCGGCGUGCGGAAGGCGGUGUGUGUUGGAAUGAGUGAAGCACUUUAAGUGGCCAAGAGCAGGAAACCCGGCCGGAGGAGCCUUACCCCGUCCUCCCCUGUAUCGACUGCGUAGAGCCCAGUGUGGGCAAAGUCCUAGAGCCCGGGGAAGUUGCCCGGGCGGGGCAGCCUCGGCUGAAGCAUUUCCUGUCGGCCCUAUCUGGAAGGGGCAGAGCUCAGGACACGGCUCCAUGUCCACAGGACAGCGAGGAGCGAAGACCAUGGGGACUGAGUACACAGAUGAAGAUACCGAAGCAUAGAGAGGAUAAGUAAUCACUAGUAAGUGGAAGAACCGGGAUUCAGAUGCAGAACAGGCUGACUCCAGAGUCACUGGCUGUCAUGUAGUCUCCUCAACUACUGCCUCAGGAAACGUGGCUCAGUGGAGUCAAGGGACUGCUUCAACACUGUAGUUUGUCACAAAACAAAAUGAAAUCCUGGGCCUCAUGAGGAUUUUUUCAUUUCAUUGUCUGCAAGUCACAUGGACUCUGUUGUAACAAAAGGAAUGCAUCUCUCUGGAAAAGAUGGAAUUCUCCAAGGAAUUUGUCUUAUAGAAUCUUCACAAAUCCUGGCCAACUGCACAGAGGACUUAUUUUCUGGUGUAUGAGCAAAUAACUUUUGUGAUAGAGUCAGCCAGACCUAGCUCUACAAUCCCAGAGUAAAGCUCUUCUCCAAAUGAAGAGCCAGGAAGAGGUAGAGGUGGCAGGAAUUAAACUUUGUAAAGCCAUGUCCCUGGGUUCAGUGACUUUCACAGAUGUGGCCAUAGACUUUUCCCAAGAUGAAUGGGAGUGGCUGAAUCUUGCUCAGAGAAGUUUGUACAAGAAGGUGAUGUUAGAAAACUACAGGAACCUAGUUUCAGUGGGUCUUUGCAUUUCUAAACCAGAUGUGAUCUCCUUACUGGAGCAAGAGAAAGACCCUUGGGUGAUAAAAGGAGAGAUGACCAGAGGCCUGUGUCCAGACUUGGAGUGUGUGUGGGUGACCAAGUCAUUAUCUUUAAACCAGGAUAUUUAUGAAGAAAAAUUACCCCCGGCAAUAAUAAUGGAAAGACUUACAAACUAUGACCUUGAAUGUUCAACAUUAGGGAAACACUGGAAAUGUGAAGACCUGUUUGAGAGGGAGCUUGUAAACCAGAAGACACAUUUUAGGCAAGAGACCAUCACUCAUAUAGAUACUCUUAUUGAAAAACGAGACCACUCUAACAAAUCUGGGACAGUUUUUCAUCCGAAUACAUUAUCUUACAUAAAACAGAUUUUUCCCAUGGAAGAGAGAAUAUUUAAUUUUCAUACAGAUAAGAAAAGCUUAAAAACACAUUCAGUUGUGAAAAAACACAAGCAAGACUGUGGAGAAAAGAAACUUUUAAAAUGUAAUGACUGUGAGAAAAUAUUCAGCAAAAUCUCAACCCUUACUCUUCACCAAAGAAUUCAUACAGGAGAGAAACCCUAUGAAUGUAUUGAAUGUGGAAAGGCCUUUAGCCAGAGUGCCCACCUUGCUCAACAUCAGAGAAUACACACAGGAGAAAAACCUUUUGAAUGUACUGAAUGUGGGAAAGCCUUCAGCCAGAAUGCUCAUCUUGUUCAACACCAGAGAGUUCAUACUGGAGAGAAACCUUAUCAGUGUAAGCAGUGUAAUAAAGCAUUCAGCCAGCUUGCACACCUUGCUCAACAUCAGAGGGUCCACACUGGAGAGAAACCCUAUGAAUGUAUUGAAUGUGGGAAGGCUUUUAGUGAUUGUUCAUCCCUAGCUCAUCAUCGAAGGAUUCACACUGGGAAAAGACCUUAUGAAUGUAUUGACUGUGGGAAAGCUUUCAGGCAGAAUGCUUCUCUUAUACGUCAUCGGCGAUAUUAUCAUACUGGAGAGAAACCCUUUGACUGUAUUGAUUGUGGGAAGGCUUUCACUGAUCACAUAGGACUUAUUCAGCAUAAGAGAAUUCAUACUGGAGAGAGACCUUACAAAUGUAAUGUGUGUGGGAAGGCUUUUAGCCAUGGCUCAUCUCUGACAGUACAUCAGAGAAUUCAUACAGGAGAGAAACCUUAUGAAUGCAAUAUCUGUGAGAAAGCCUUCAGCCAUCGUGGGUCUCUUACUCUUCAUCAGAGAGUUCAUACUGGAGAGAAACCCUAUGAAUGUAAAGAAUGUGGGAAAGCUUUCCGGCAGAGCACGCAUCUUGCUCAUCAUCAGAGAAUUCAUACUGGAGAGAAACCUUAUGAAUGUAAGGAAUGCAGCAAAACCUUCAGCCAGAAUGCACACCUUGCACAACAUCAGAAAAUACACACUGGGGAGAAACCUUAUGAAUGUAAGGAAUGUGGUAAGGCCUUCAGUCAGAUUGCACACCUUGUUCAGCACCAGAGAGUUCAUACUGGUGAGAAGCCUUAUGAAUGUAUUGAAUGUGGGAAGGCCUUUAGUGAUGGCUCAUAUCUUGUUCAACAUCAGAGACUCCACACUGGCAAAAGACCAUAUGAAUGUCUUGAAUGUGGGAAGGCAUUCAGACAGAGGGCAUCCCUGAUUUGUCAUCAGAGAUGUCAUACUGGUGAGAAACCUUAUGAAUGUAAUGUUUGUGGGAAAGCCUUUAGCCAUCGUAAAUCCCUUACUCUACAUCAGAGAAUUCAUACAGGAGAGAAACCUUAUGAGUGUAAGGAAUGUAGCAAAGCCUUCAGCCAGGUUGCCCAUCUUACUCUACAUAAGAGAAUUCAUACUGGAGAAAGGCCCUAUGAGUGUAAAGAAUGUGGAAAAGCCUUCAGGCAGAGUGUACAUCUUGCUCAUCAUCAGCGAAUUCAUACCGGAGAGUCAUCAGUUAUUCUCUCCUCUGCCCUCCCAUACCACCAAGUCCUAUAGAUUCAAUCUUGUAAAUGCUUCUAGAAUCCAUCUGCUUUUUUCCAGCGCAUGUCCCAUCAUCAUAGUCCAAGACACAACCAUCUCAUCUGGAUUUCUGCAGUAGCAUAACUGUUGCCCCUUUUGCUCCUAUCAGCUACAUGUUUAACACUGUAGGCAGCCUAACCUUUUAAAAAUAAAAAUACAUAUUUAUGUUAUUUUCCCAUUUAAGACACUCGAUUUGAAAAAUAUAUUAACUAAUCCAUUUCAAGGAUUUAGCACACACUGGCAUAUAGUUAUUGCUAAAUAAAUGCUAGCCAUUAAGGUAAAGGUUUCCUUACAAACUAUCAUAUUAAGCAGUAAGUAAACCAACAGUAAGUCAAGACUAAGAUUUUAGAGCAGACAGAAGACUACUCUCCUGGUAGAGAGGAAAGAUGAACAAACUCAGAAUUGAAAGAUUUAUGGUACACAAGGUAAUGUGGUGGCUUAUCACUCCCUCUGUGACAUUGUUGAUGAGCAACUCUCACUUGACCUGACACUGAGAAGAGAGAAUCAGCCAAUUAGAACAAAAGCUUUUAGCUGGGUGCGGUGGCUCAUGCCUGUAGUCCCAGCACUUUGGGAGGCUGAGGCAGGCAGAUUGCUUGAGCUCAGGAGUUCGAGACCAACCUGAGCAACAUGGUGAAACCCUGUCUCUACAAAAAAUACAGAAAUUAGCCAGGCAUGGUGGUGCACACCUGUAGUUCUAGCUACUCAGGAGGCUGAAGCAGGAGGAUUGCUUGAGCCUAGGAGGUAGGGGGUGCAGUGAGUCAUGAUCACACCACUGCAAUUACAGCUGGGCAGCAGAGCCAGACACUGUCUCAAGGAAAAACAAAAAAAGAACAAAAGCAUUUGGUAGAAUGUGGGACUAACCAGGGUAGGUAGUAGUAAACUAAAAGUAACAAGCCAAAAAAACUUGAAUAGAUUAAUAGCCAAGAAACAAACUGAAAAGGGUAGUUCAAUACUUUGACCUUUAUAAAAGUACCACAGACAAUUCGUGUGGUAUUUAAAUUGUUCUAGCAUAAAAUAAAAUGCAAUAAGACCUUCCAUCUUGUUCCAUGAGAUUGACAAGACAUGCCAAAACAUAAAAAUAUGUACACUACAAUUAGUUUCUGAAUGUAGAUGUUACAACUUAAACUUAUUUUUAAAAUAUUUAAAAAUAGGAAGGCUAGACAUGCCUCUGUAUAGAAAGUCUGAUGAAAAUAUUUCUCCCUAAAUUGUAAAUUCAUUGAUAUUCCAAUAAAAAUGUCCAUAUAUUUUUUAGUUGAGAAGCUGAUUCUGAUCAUCUGUAGAAUUUUGAUUUUAACAAGGAAUGUAGUUUACAUUGGGAUUGUAGUACUAAUACUAAUUGAACAUUUGCUAAUGUUUCACACACUGUUUUAGGUGCUGGGGGAUACGAUAAGGUCCACGAUGGACAAAAAUACAUGCUCUUACAGAUCUAGUAGAACAGAAAAAAUUAAAUGCAUGCCAUGUGAUAAGUAUAUGAUAUGUCCCAUAAAGAGAAAUGAUCUAAAAAAGAAGCUAGGGAGUGCUGGAUCAGGCACCUUACUAUCCCCAGAACAUGUGGGUAUUAGAGGAUGAGGAAAGAACUAGAGGUAACUGCAAGACACAAAAGGCAUAAUGAAAAUAGUCAUGAUAGUCCCAAGGCAGAUAUUGUUUAUGAUGCUUUGAGUGUUGGAGGAAGGGAGGAUUGAUGGUUUAACAGAGAUCAUGGCAGUUACGUUCACUCAUAUAAAUGUUGAUUUAGAAGCUGGCAGAAGGGUAUUUUUUGAGUGACAGCUUUAUUGAGACAAAGCAAUUCUGGAGAAGAACACGCAUAUCCUUCUCUUUAAUCUAAGAGGGAGCCCCAAAGCUCCACUUAAAGUGUACAACUUACGGCUUUUAGUUCAUUCACGGAGUUGUGCAACCAUCACCACCAUCAAUUUUAGAACAUUUUCAUCACCUCAAAGAGGAAUCCCUUGUCCUUUUGUAGUUAUGGCCAUCCCUGGAAGAGUACUUUUUUUUUUUUUCAACUGAAGCACCCAGAGCUCUUGGGUUCCCUCUUAACUGCUUUCUGUGGAAGUAUGGAGGGCCAUGUGAGGGAAGCUCUUACCCACAAUGCAUGAUUGCUAGAAAGUGGAGCUUGGGGCUCCCUCUUCAAUUCUGCUGAUAGAAGCAUAAUGGCUAGGGGAUGGGUAGUCUCACCAGAGAAUGUGGAGCUUUCAGACUCUCCUUAUAUAUGAUAAAAAGGAUUUUUCAUUGUAGUGGGGAAAAGGUGGUUUGAUCAAAUGGCAUUGGGAAACUUAGCUCACUGGAAAAACGGAUCUGUACCUUUCACACUAAUGAGGGCCUGAGAGAUUAAAGGUCUAAAUGUAAAAUUAAAGUACAUGAAAAACAGACUAAUAUUUAUGUACCCUUGGUUUGAAAUAGACUUUAAGCACUAAUGCAUAGCUCUAAAGCUGACAUUAGGCUUUUAUAUGGUGGAAAACAUAGUCAAUAGAUAAAUGAGAGACUGACACAAAGUGUUUGCAACAGAUAUAAUAAAGGACUGUAAUUCGUGAUAUUCAAAGUACUAUUACAAACCAAUAAUAAUCUGCAACUUAGAAAAAUGGACAAAGCUAAUGUCCCAUUCACAAAAGAUGAAAUGAAAGCAGUUAAUGAAAAUUAUCCAAUAUCACUAGAAAUCAAGAAUUGCAAAUUAAAGUGAUUAUCUAUUUUUUCCCCAAAAGACUGACUAAUUGAGUGAUAACAUUCAGUAUUGGUGAAUGUGUGGAAACAAGGGAAUUCCAUUGUUGAUUACAUAUCUAUUGCUUUAUGUAUAUACCCUUUGAAUUAAUAUUCCUUGGAAACCAACAUAUACAAAGGUAGAUAAAUGUAUUAGUGGCAAAAAAAUUGAUGGUAAACUAUUAAAACAACAAGUGUCCAUCAGGGUAAUAAAUAAUUAUGGUAUAUAUCCAUUCAAUAGGAAUUAUGCAGCUGUUGAAAAAAUAUCAAUGUAUAUAGUCAGAAAGAUAGCUGUGCUAUACUAAAUGAAAAAUUGCAGACCUGUAUUGUAGUAUAGGCCCAUAAUUGUAAUAUCAAAAACAAAAGUCAAAAUAUAUAUUAUA